UCCCGUGCAUACCACAUUUUCCCGGGAAUGACUCAUGUACAUGACCGGAAACGUUUGACCGAGCCCACCUUGGAACUUAAUACCCUACACCUGUUUGUUAUUUAUGAAUCCCCGGGAAUGGCGUAGGACGACUGGACCUUUCGGCUGGGCCUGUGGCCAAAACCAGUACGGGACAAGGCCCAGGGCCUGUAUGGGCCUGGGAUCACCGCACUGUACAAUUGGGGCAGGGCCCGGGGUCUGUAUGGGCCUAAGGUCUUGGUGCCGUACAAUAGCCCCCCCUUGAUUCAUACUCGGUCAUCGAGAAGAAUCAAGGAGCAGCAUGGGACCUUUUGACCUCGGGAGUCUUUUAGCCUGGGACUUCUGACCGUCAUUUCUCAUUUAAUAUUCAUCUCAAAAGACGCGCCGUUUCGCGGCGCCAGGCGCAGUCGUCAUUAUUGCUUGACGGUUCGAGGACCGAAGCGACGUGCGGAUUGGUUAUGCUUGGCGUUCGUUGGACUGCUCGUAGACCGCGCCCAUUUAAUGCUUGAUUCAGACGCUUCUUCUUCCUCCAUUCACUUUUCUUUCCUCUAUAAAUAACCUCCCUCUGAACAGCAUCCCAUUUUUCCUCUGCCAAUCUUUAGAGCUCUUUUUCUCUGCCGACCACAUUUCUGUGCGCUUGCUUACCCAGUGUUCUUUUCCUCCUUAGAACCCAAAACGGCAAAGUGUUUGUGCAGGACCUCAGAGUCGUCCACGCCAAAGACUUAAACUUCGUCCUCCGCUCUGAGAUAUACGUGCAUUGGGACGGGCAACUCCGGGCUUCGCAUUUGAUCCUCGGUGUGGAGCCGGUUUAUUCUACUUGGCAGCCGUUCAAGCAGGCCCUGAUAGUUGACAGCCCCCUGCUGUCGUAUAUAGACGUUCGGUACGUGAACUUUUUACCGCCGAGUCUUACAACCGGGGAAGCGAGGGAAUUUGGCCGGCGGGUUACUUGCGCAGACGAGCUAGCCCCUUUGAGAGACGAAUCCGCGGAAAAAGCAUCCCGGCGCAUCAGGGAGUUAGCCCACGAAGCCGUGCAGCAAGGCCAAGCGCAAGAGCAGCCAAUCCCCGAGAAUCCGGCCGCCGUGAACCAACAACAAGUGAUAGAAGCGGCCGCCCUUUUAGCUAGAGCUGCCCGGCCUAAGGGAAAGAUGGUAUCUAGAAAAGUGCUGUCGGUAGAACGGUUUGUGCCCGGUGCCCGACAAUCCAAUCAGCCCCCUCCUCCAGAGGGCCGGGGUCAAGUGCCGCAGCCUUCACCCCCACCGCAGGCCGGACGUGCCCGGAAGAAGCAAAAGGUCACUGAUCAACCUUCCACUUGCCCGGGCGAGGUCGCUGCCCAGACUCCUCCCCGUCCAACAGGUGGUAUUGUUAUCCGUGAGCCGCCGACUGAAGCCGGCACGGGGGGCGCGUCCUCCUCCCAAGUGGCUCCUGCGUGGGAGCCGAAGAUCCUUCUGGACGGCAAACCAUUGCCGUCAACCGCCUGCAUUCGGAUGUGGGAUAAAGGCGAGGGCGGCCGUAUUGCCCAAUCUUUGGCCGAAGCUCUCCAACUUCCGGAGGAUGUGCAUGCUUUCGAGGAUGGAUCCGAGGAGUCCGUAGGGCGCCGGUUAGAGUGGCACGCCAUUGCGGUAAUUUUUUUGUCUAUCUAGUUCUUCAUACAGGUUUCCUUUUGUCUUUUUUCUAACUUUUGUCCUUGCUAGGCUGCUCAAAUGGCCCACAUUGUGGCUGCUCGGGCAAGGGAGCUUGCUGAGGAGAGCGAGCGCGAGAAGGAGGCGCGCGAGGCGGCGGUGAAAACGGCUAAGGAAAAACUGAAGGCCGCCGAGUCUGCUGAGAAAAAGGCAGCAAUUGCCGAGAAGAACCGGUCCCUUGCCGAGAAAAGGUGUGCGGAGCUCCUAACCCAGCAGAAUGAGACGGAGCUUAAGCUAGCCCAAGCUAUCAGCCUUAACACCUCCAAUGCCGAGGAGAUAGCUGACCUUAGGGCAGGCUUGGCAGCCGCGGAGCAGAAAUGGUAUGAUGUCGGCUUUGCUGAUGCCGAAAACUCUGUAGAGCCGGUGGUUGCUCGGGCUAGGAAUAUGGGCUUUGAGGCCGGGUGGUUUGCCGCCCUUCAGGCAAUGGGCGUUCCUGAGGAUUCGCAUCUGAGAGACCCCGGCCAAAUCCCAUUCCCGAGCCCCGCCCCUGCUGCUCAGGGUACCCCGGUGGCGAUUGACGAGGAAGAGACAGCCAGUAUGAGGGAGCUGGUUGAGCAAAUCGAUGCUCACGCCGAGCCUGAGGAAAUGGAAGUCACCAGUAUCCCGACUGUGCAGGAGCUUCUCGGUGAGGCCCCGCCUUUUUCUUUGGCCGGCCAGCAGGAAGUGAUACCACCGAACCAACCUCCCCGCUAAUUUUGCUUUUAUCUUGCUUGCUCACUUUCAUUUUAUUAGUUUUACUUGCUCACGUCACCGGGAUGCGGUGACCGAACAUUUGUUUUAUUUUGUUGGUUUUAUUUGCCUAUGUCACCGGGAUGUGGUGACCGAACAAUUGCUCUACUUUAAUUAGAAGUCCGUUUUCUUUUUCCGUUUGAAUUUGUCGAAUGAAAUUAUCUCUGUUCGUGUUUUGCUUGAACCACGCCAGUGCUAUGGCGGCUUAAUGUAAUAGUACCCCCGAGAACCAUUUACGCGGCGCUUAGUGUAUUUUGAGAGCGCUUUUUGACUUAGUAUUUGAAAAAGGGUCGGGUUAGGCUUUGGCUGAACCGGGAAUCGAGCCGAGGGUCAGGUUUUCGUACUUAG